AUGGCUGGACUAGAAAGGCUAUUGAGAGAUGAGAGCGAGACACAGACAGAUACGCGCAGUCACGCGCAGCAGGCCACUUAUUCUUUGCAGCGCCACAUCUCUUCAGGGAGUCGCAACGCCGCCGGGGCGCUGCCGGCGUUCGACUCGCGGUGCGCGGCGGAGGGCCCGGCGCACUGCCCGGUGACGACGUUCGCGCGCCAGGCGCCGCCCGACCAGCUCAGCAAGCCCGCCACCUACCUCACGCUGGCGCUGCCCUUCGGCUACAAGCUGGUGCCCGCCGACAACGCCACCGCCGCGGGACUCGUCGUGCCACAACGUGUGUCGCACGUGCGCGUGCCGCACGUGAACAACAUCACGUUCGUGUUCCCGUCGUCGCCGGUGCUGACGCAACCCGGCGAUGUGGACUCGGAGCUGCUGUGCAAUGAGGGCUCGCUGCCCUACUCGUGCGCGCACGUGGGCUCCGGGGGCUUCUGCCAGUGCAUGCACGUGGUGCACGUGCCGCUGGGCGCCACCGUCGAGCUGCUGCUCAUCAACCAAGGCGGGGACGGCGAGGCGAGCGCCGUGCUGCACAUGCACGGCUACCGGCUGUACGUGGUGGGCGCGGCGCGGCUGAAGCGGGCGGCGACGGCGGCCGAGGUGCUGGCGCUGGACCGACGGGGCGCGCUCAUGGACCGCGAGCUGAGCCGGCCCGUGCCCAGGGACACCGUGGCGGUGCCGGCGCUCGGCGUGGUCGCGGCGCGCUUCAAGGCGGACAACCCCGGGUACUGGCUGCUGCACGAGGAGCGCCCCACGCGCUGGGCGGCGGGGCUGGCGGUGCUGCUGCACGUGGGCGCGGACGGCGACACGCCUGCCCCGCCCACCGACUGGCCCAAGUGCGGGAGCUUCGUGGGUCCGCACUUCUUCCUCAUCUGAGCGGCGGAGGCGACGACCUGGUUCCGUCUUCCAUGUGGUGCGCGCCCAACGCCAGGAUUAUCAUCGGCGUGACCUCCAUCAUCUGAGCCCGGCGAGAAGGCUACUUACUUCUAGACCGAGACUGGAUGGGCGGUGUUCAUUCGGUCUGGUAAUCUCGUGAGGAAGUCACGAAAUCUCGCGGCGAAAGUUCGCCGAUUUUAAUCCCGGCUUUUGAGCUUACAGGGAAUUCCACCGUGCCGAUUUAGCUUUCGGAAUCGGUAGGAAUGAGUGCCUGCAGAGACUUUUUUUUUAAAAAUUGUUAACUAUUAGUACAUUUGCGAGCUCUACUCUACUCUUGCGUGUCAAAUGUUCUAUUUAGUGUCAAUUGGAACAAAGUAGUGCGGAAAGUAAGCCUAAAAUUAAAUUGGGAAUUUUAUUAUGAUAAUUUAGCAAGUCGCUGCGUGGGUCAUUUCUUGCCUGAGCUGACUGCUCUGUGUUUUGUGUAUAUAAUGACACAAAUCAAGGCAAAUGUUCUUAUGUGAUUCUUUCAACUGUUGACUUCUCUGUGGUAUUAACGCAGAUACUACGCUACUUUUGCUCAUCCAAUACAAUGAUAAAAUAUCAGUUGACCCGAAUACAUCAACACUCGCUUGCAAAACAAAUGGUACACCUACAAGUUUGCAGAACUAGUAUUUUUUGUUUUGUAGGAAGGGAAAAUAAUAUUUAAAAUUGACUAAAACCCACUGUUGAGAAAAUAAUGUUCUAUGAAAACCUGUCAAACAAAUUAGUAUUAGAGUUGCUCAAUAAUUUAGAAAGAUGAAUUGCAAAUAUUGCGUUCAUUCUGCCACACAUUAGAACAAUGUAAAAAGUUGUGGGAAAAGACCAAUAAAUCCAAAUUUGUCCUUAGUAAAAAUCAAAACUUCUAAACUUGUUCAACAAAGUAGAUUUAAGAAUCACGAGUUGCUCAAAAAUUACAAUAAUUUGAAUAGAAUUUCUCGUAUAACCGUUUGUGAUUACAUUCAAUUAUUCCGAAGAGAAUCGUUGUAAUGGAAUCAUAAAUCUGCACGUCUAGAAACAGGCAGUGAUUCGCGUGAUUCAGAAGAGGAAAUAUCCGAUGCACUACGAACUGUUGUGUAACGUUGGAAAGCGGCUUGGCUACUUCGUUUCCUUCAACUCGGCCACCAAAAUCGGCUGCAUCACUGCGGGUUUCCGCUAGCUCUAUUCUCAUGUUAAGCACUGAAUUACAUGACAUUACGGCAAUGUCUCCGCCUUUCAUCGCAUUCAGAGCCGGAUUAACAAUACCUUAAAGCAUAAUCACACUAGAGGUCCCUCUUAAUAAUAGUGAAAUAUUCAAAAUAUUUAUUCAAAAUGAAUACAAAAAUUAACUAAACCUUUUACGAUUAAAAAAAGUAUUGUUUACGGACCAGUAGACUUUUUUUUUUGCAACAGUUAAUGGAGACCGCUAUCCAUCGAGGACCCUAAGACAUGCUUAGCCUGCUUGUGUAUUCAUCCAUCCCUGAAUGCAUUGCGUUCCUCCGCGUUUGCACACCGAUUUUCGAAGCUAAAGGAAGUGCAUGGAAGAGAAAGUGUGCUGGCUUCAGACGCACGCGACUGCCGCAGCGCGGCGCUAGCGUAGCGAUGGGCAUUGUUGACUAACAUGUGGUAUUUAUCAUGCUUUAUUAUUACUUUAUCUUACGGAAGAAGAGUGGAUGAAAAAUGAAUUUUUAGUCAAUAUAAAUUAAUACACACUCACCCAAUCAGAAAAAGGGACAUGAAAUUCUAUCUUGGCAAUCUUGGAGGAAAUCAUAAACAAUUCUCUGCCCGAGUAUUCUUUAUAUUUAAAAAUAACACUGAAUUUAUUACAAAUAAAAUAUUAAUAUUGCUUCAAAAUACGUGCACAGAACAUUGGUAUGUUGGAACGCUAAUUAAAACUUCGAUUUGCAGUGAAGUCCUUUACUUCUCUUCACAUUUUCAAUAUAGGUACUGCCUUCAAACGAAAUUUGGAAUAAAAAAAUCAACUACAAGAUAAUCAUGUAUUAUAAUAAGCAUUCGUCGUAGGUAAUCAACCCAAUGCGAUCGGCGCACCUCUAGUUCAGAAUAACAACACUGACAAUGGAAGUAAACUGGAGCCAGUAAACAGUUUCUCCUACGUGCUUCGGCUAGAAAAAGCUUCGCAAACGUUUGUGCUUCUUGACGAACUUAAAUAUUUUCUUCUCGCUUACUCAGCAUGUUCGGAAUUUAAUAUUUUUCACGACUCUUUUAACGUCAAAUCGAAUUUGGAUAUGAAAAUAUCCUUAGUCGCUUGUUAACCAGUUGAUCUACGUAAACAAAAGUACGUGAUAAGGUCUACAAAUCAAGCAUACUGUCACACUUCAAUGUGAAAGUAUGUUGUGACUUGGUUGUGAUGAUUGUUGUUGAAUAUUGAAGACUCGUUGUAACAAAAGCACUCAUUGUUUUUUUUUCAAAAUUGUAAUUACAUUGUUUGAAAUAAUUAACUCAUCAAAUGAUUUGGCACACCCAUCUAUCUUAAGAAAAACUUAUUUACUUUUUGAAGUCUUUCAGCAGAAAAGUUUAAUAAAGAUGAAGCACAUUAACCUUGUAGUGUAACUUCAAGAAGCAUAAAUACGUGCAAAUUCGUGCAUAGAAAUUGUAUAUUUGCCGUCCGGUUGUUCGAACCAUUUAACGGCCACCUUUAGUAUUGAAGGUGCCCGUACCUACCUCGUUCGGUUGUAGUGCAUGGACCUUCAAAAAAAUAUGCAACCACCAAAUUAUGUAUAUUUAUACAAUUGAAGUUUCUUGUACAAUAAUUAAAUAUUUUUAUAUUAAUUACAAUUUAUAAAAUUAUUAUUAACUUAAUUAAAUAUUAAUUAAUAACUUACUUUUAAUUAGUAAGCGUUUCUAACAAUUAUUUCGAUUACAAGAUGAGUUUUUCUAAGAAUGUUUCAUAACUUCCUUCUUUAUAAACGUUUGUCUGAUUUUUAAAAUUGACUUGAAAAUAAUUAUGUUGAUGUACUUGUGCUUAAAUAUUCAAAAGUGUGAACUCUUGGACAAAAGAAUUCCCGUAUAAGGUAGCUUACUGGUUGAAUCACUGGACGAGGUGGGCCAGAAACAAAACUGGUGAGGAUGAAAACAAAACUGCAUCUCAUCUCCAUAUUCGAUGCAUCUGUAUUUUUAUUUAGAUAUGUGGCCAAAGGCGAUGGGUGUGUCGGAUCGCGGAGUCUGUAUGAUAUCGGACGGCUUGCUGGCUCUCAGUACCACGAGUGGUAGUUACAGACACGUUUUUUAUAUGAGACGGAGUAACACGACCGUCUCCCUUUGACCGUUAUUCCUAUGAUGUCUUCCGGAAAUAUCUGUGAGGAACUGUAGAAGAGAUUGGAGAAUUCAAUACUACGAAAAGCUUGCUGGGUACUUCUGUGAUGAGCGCGAACUACUAUUAUAAAAUAAUAUUCUUACGAGCUGAGCACUUACAGCUAGAGGACGGUAUCUUAACUUGCAUUACAAGUAACUGAAUAAAGUAAAAGUAAUUUUUCUAUAGAUAUAUUCACGCUCGCAUUUCUUGCGCACUUUUUAAAAUGUAAUACCUUAAUGGGGAUUACUCACCACAGUAGCCUACUUGUGAAAUUAACAAAAUCAGCAGUGAUCAUUGUUGGUAUUUUAUUGUUUUAAUGACAACGUUAGAAUAAUAGAAUCUUUUGAAGAAUCAAUUAUCAAAUUUGUGUCCGACAUGUUUUGAAGAAUUUUUUGUGACUCCGCAAAUAUAUUAAAGAAAAUAUGAAUAUCGCGUCAAAAAGGCCUAAAUAAAUUUCCUAAAAGGUCAUAAAAAAUUUCCUUUUACGUAAACAUUGGUUGGUUUGCUUUGUUGUUAUUUUACGUAAUCUAUUUUGUAAAAUAAAUAUAUUUUGUUUUGCUUUGAAAUGAUAAUUCAGGGCAAAUUUGAACAUUCCGAGAAAGCAUUUUGGUGUGAAUGUAGUGUUGAAAGCACAGUCUGUGCAUACAUUUCUGUGAUGUAAACAGUCGUUUUAAACUGUUGACUUUAAGUAUAGAUGGUGUUAUUAAUAAAGGACAAAUGGAAAAAGUUGCGUAUUUGUAAAAUAUAUAAUGUUAUUCAUAGGCUUCCCAUUAAAAAGGGGGUCUUUGUAUAUACGUAUAUAAGAAGAGUAUUUCAAUUGAGGAUUGCUCGACAAGUAAAUAAUUGGACUUAUCGUAGCAUUAUCAUGAACAAAUUUACUUUUGUAAAGAAAUUAUUAAUAAAGUGUACAG